GGGAUCCAUCCACGAAACCAAUUUCCUACUACUUUUCCCCUUGACUCAGUUGACCCCUCUUCUCUUUCUACCCUCUUCUUCUUCCUAUAUAAUCUUCCUCACACUUUGCUUCAAUUCACCACCUUCACUUCAAUUCUAAUACACAUAUAUUCCUUUGCAACUCCAAUCUUUCUUAUUAGCCUCUCUACUUAAUUAGAGAUCACAAGUUUCAUUAUCAUUUCUUAAUCAACAAUGAAGAAAGUUGUGUUGAAGUUGGAUUUACACGAUGACAAAACCAAGCAAAAAGCUAUGAAAACUGUCUCUGGCAUUUCAGGGGUUGAAUCAGUAUCUGUAGACAUGAAGGACAAGAAAAUGAGUUUAAUUGGUGAAAUUGAUCCGGUACAUGUAGUAGGGAAAUUACGAAAAUGGUGUCACACAGAAAUAUUAUCAGUUGGGCCAGCUAAAGAAGAGAAGAAGAAGGAAGAAGCUAAGAAGCCAGAAGAGAAUAAGAAACAAGAAGCUGCAAAGAUAUUUGAAGCUUAUCCACUUUAUUACCAAAUGAGACCAGCAACUACACAAUAUCAUUAUCAACCAUACCAUUAUGCUACAACUGGUGGUGAAGAAGAAUAUAAUAAUGGCUGUGUGAUCUGCUAGAUUAAAUACUAUUAUUAUGGAAUGAUUAUGAUGAAGAAUCACAUGAAAAUUGAAAUUCUCAUCAAUGAGAAUAAGUGUAAUGUGUGCUGGAUAAGUAUAUAUGUUGGUACUUCAAUUCAUGGAUGUAAAAUUUUAUGCCAAGUUUUGAUUUGUUAUAUGUUAUUCGUUAUUAGUAAUAACUAAUGAAGUUUUGAGAGAUUUUUGUUCA